AUGAGAAUAGCAUAUUUAACAUUGAUACUUGUCGGAUUGAUGACAACGCUUGAAGUCGAUUCCCUACCAAUAUUAUCAGAUUCUCCCUCAAAUAAUUUUUUACAUAAUACGAUUUCUUUACUUUGUUUAGUUAAUAGAGAACGUGUGAAAGUUAGAGCAAGACCCUUGGCUCUCGACGAGCGGCUAAUAAAAGCAGCACAACUUCAUACAGAUUAUAUGGCUUUAACCGAAAAUUUAACACAUGAUGAUAUUGCCGGACCAUUAGGUACCCGAAUAACAGAUCAAGGUUUUGAUUGGUGGAUGGCUGGCGAGAAUAUCGCAUAUGGCUUUACGGAGAAAGAAUCAACUAAAGUCAUGAAAGCAUGGAUGAAUUCAAAAGGUCAUAGGGAAAAUAUUUUAAAUAAAAAAUUUACGCAUUUCGGUUCUGGAUUUAAGAAUAAUUAUUGGACUCAAAAUUUUGCUCAAUCUGCUGAUGGGUAUCCACCAAAUGUUCCUAUAUGUCCUAGAAAGUCUAUGAAUAUAAAUAUGCAAAUAUAA